CGCUUGCUGGGGAGGGUGAGCCCGACUCCGUCCUCCCGCCUCCUCCACCGCUCCCUCCCUCUCCCAUCGGAGUUUCAGGCGACGGAGGAGCGGUGGAGUUCAAGGAGAUCUGGCCAGCGCACGGCCGAGCAGUCAGCCCGGGGCGCAGCAGGUUUGCUUAUCUUGGGAGCCUGAAGUCUUGCUCAUCAUAAAGAUCAGGUGACCAGUGAGAUCAGCCAUGUCUGUGAGGCCUCUUGAAAGUCCUCCGCCUUACCGACCUGACGAAUUCAAACCCAAUCAUUAUGCACCAAGCAAUGACGCCUAUGGCGGAGAAAUGCACGUUCGACCAAUGCUCUCUCAGCCGGCAUACUCCUUUUACCCAGAAGAUGAAAUUCUUCACUUUUACAAAUGGACGUCGCCCCCAGGAGUGAUCCGGAUCCUGUCCAUGCUCAUCAUUGUCAUGUGCAUCGCCAUAUUUGCCUGUGUGGCUUCCACGCUCGCUUGGGACAGAGGCUAUGGAAAUGGCAUCUUUGGCGGUAUAGGCUACCCUUAUGGAGGAAGUGGCUUCAGUGGCUUUGGAACUGGCUAUGGCUAUGGUUAUGGCUAUGGUUAUGGCUAUGGAGGGUAUACAGAUCCAAGAGCAGCCAAAGGUUUCCUGUUGGCCAUGGCAGCCUUUUGCUUCAUUGCCUCCCUGGUAAUAUUUGUUACCAGUGUUGUAAGAUCUGGAAUGUCUAGAACAAGAAGAUUUUACUUGAUUGUGAUCAUAGUCAGCGUUAUCCUGGGCAUCCUGGUGUUUAUCGCGACAAUCGUGUAUAUAAUGGGAGUCAACCCAACCGCCCAGACCUCGGGAUCUAUAUACGGUUCACAGAUCUACGCCCUCUGCAGUCAGUUCUAUACUGGAGCUACUGGACUCUACGUGGAUCAGUAUCUCUACCACUACUGUGUGGUGGAUCCCCAAGAGGCUAUAGCCAUUGUCCUGGGCUUCAUGAUACUCGUGGCUUUUGCUUUAAUCAUUUUCUUUGCUGUGAAAACCCGAAGAAAGAUGGACCGGUAUGACAAGUCCAAUAUUUUGUGGGAUAAGGAACAUAUUUAUGAUGAACAGCCCCCCAAUGUCGAAGAGUGGGUUAAAAAUGUGUCUGCAGGCACACAAGACAUGCCUCCACCGCCAUCUGACUAUGCAGAGAGAGUUGACAGUCCGAUGGCGUACUCCUCCAAUGGCAAAGUAGAUGGCAGGCGGUCCUACCCAGAGUCUUUCUAUAAGUCAACACCAAUGGUGCCUGAAGUGGCUCAGGAGCUUCCUCUGACCUCACCUGUGGAUGACUUCAGGCAGCCUCGGUACAGCAGCAGCGGGAACCUAGAGACACCUUCGAAAAGGGCUCCCACAAAGGGACGAGCAGGAAAACUGAAGAGAACGGAUCCAGACCACUAUGAGACGGACUACACGACAGGCGGCGAGUCCUGCGACGAACUGGAGGAGGACUGGGUCAGGGAAUAUCCACCCAUCACUUCAGAUCAACAAAGACAGCUCUACAAGAGAGACUUUGACUCAGGGCUCCAGGAGUACAAGAGUCUACAAGCUGAGCUCGACGAGGUCAACAAGGAGCUCUCUCGUCUAGACAGAGAGCUGGAUGACUACAGAGAAGAGAGCGAGGAGUACAUGGCUGCCGCUGAUGAAUAUAACAGACUAAAGGAAGUUAAAGUAUCUGCAGAUUUUAAAAGUAAGAGGAAUUACUGCAAGCAGCUGAAGAGCAAAUUAUCGCACAUCAAGAGGAUGGUUGGGGACUACGACAGACGGAAAACUUAGGCAGGUGCCUGCUGCUGGAGAGAUGCAGCGCAUCUGUCCACUGGAUGGCUCUGCAGUUCUCUUUGGAGGCAAAGUGACUUUGGACUCUAAUCUGGGAAGUUAAAACUUCGUGAUCAUUACCAAGUUUCCAUAGCGUUAAUACCAUCAGUUUCAUAUCAUCAGUAUUGAAACAUUUUAUAAAUGGCUUUUGAUAAUCCACUGGGCUGAACACUCCAAUUAGGAAUUUCACACUUUACACAUUGAUUCUUGUAUUAAGAAUGAAAUGUUGUUCAAGGUUGUAAAUUCAAAGACAGGUGCUGGUGUGGACUGUGUUGUGAACUUUCACACACGCCAGACAAUGAUGUCUUAAUACCCAAGUGUGUUCCUCCAGGUGGAGGCCAUCUCCUUAAUCAUCCCAGCAGCCCUCCAGGUGGCUUAUUUAUAAUCACUUUUCAGGUGAGGAAGCUGGGUCCCUGCCGUGAUGUCUCCACAACGAGACUGCUUGCUUCCCAGAGGCGGUGUUGGCUAAGUCUGUUUUAUGACUCACAGCAUUUCCCCGCCUUUUGUAAUUCCCUACUGUGUACAGUACAUUCUGUGGGCCACCUUCCCUACUGUGUUUUUCUUGUAUUGACUUUAACAUAAAUGAUGAUGCAUUAUUUCAUCUUCACAUUUUUCCUGAUUGCUAAGAUCAUGUAACAUUAACAAAUGUGUGAAAUUUAAAAAUUGUAAAUAUAUUUGAAAGAUCAUUUUAAAAGGGUUAGAGUUUUGUGUAUUUUUAAAAUGCUCUUUAUACUUGAUAGUUUACAUGUUUAUUUUAUUUUUUUUUGUAACCCACUAGAUCUUUUCACUGUAUCAGAGUAUCCAAUUACAUUUACAAUUAUGGCUUGAAUUGUAUUUCACAGGAACGUUCAAGUUUUGUACAUAUUUUGUAAGGUAUUAAAGCCUGGUGUUCUGUAA